AUGGCGACCUACACCUGCAACACCUGCCGGGCGCUGUUGGACGACGGGGAGGCGCAGCGGGCCCACUACAAGACGGACUGGCACCGCUACAACCUGAGGCGCAAAGUGGCCGGCAUGGCCCCGGUCGGCGCCGAGGGCUUCCAGGAGCGGGUGCGGGCGCAGCGGGCCCUGGCGGAGCCGGAGAGCAAGGGCGCGGCCACCUACUGCACCGUCUGCAGUAAGAAGUUUGCCUCCUUCAAGGCCUACGAAAACCAUCUGAGGUCCCGGCGGCACGUGGAGCUGGAGAAGGAGGCGGUGAGUCGGAAAGUGGCGAUCCUGAAUGAAAAGAACUUGGAGAAAGGGCUGGGCGUGGACGGUGUGGACAGGGAUGCGGUGAACGCGGCCAUCCAGCAGGUCAUCAAGGCCCAGCCGUCCACGUCUCCCAAGGAGGCGGCCCCAGCUCCCGAGGCGGAGUCCCGGAGUCCCGUGACCGUGGCCGCUGGAGGACGUGGGACUCAGCAGCGAGACCCGGCCGAGAAGCCUCCCCGGCUGCAGUGGUUUGAACAGCAGGCGAAGAAGUUGGCCAGACAGCACGGGGAGGAAGAGAGUGAGGACGACCUGGAUGCAGAUGACUGGGAGGAUAUUGAUUCUGAUGAGGAACUGGAAUGUGAGGAUGCUGCAGCCCCGGAGGAGGAGGCAGCGGAGGAAGAGGCUGGAGGAAGCACCCCACGUGGUGCCAUCCCCAUAACAGACUGCUUGUUUUGUCCCCAUCAUUCAAGCUCCCUCACGAAGAAUGUGGCUCAUAUGACUAAAGUGCACAGCUUCUUUAUUCCUGAUGUAGAGUAUCUUUCCGAUCUUAAGGGACUGAUUAAAUAUUUGGGAGAGAAAGUUGGUGUGGGGAAGAUUUGCUUGUGGUGCAAUGAGCGGGGGAAGUCCUUCUACUCCACGGAAGCUGUACAGGCUCACAUGAAUGACAGGAGUCACUGCAAGCUCUUCACAGAUGGGGAUGCUCUUUUGGAAUUUGCAGACUUCUAUGAUUUUAGGAGUAGCUACCCAGAUCACAAGGAAGGGGAGGACCCUGAUGAGACUGAGGACUUGCCGUCAGAAAGGGCCUUGGAAUAUGAAGACGACACCAUGGAGCUGAUCCUCCCUUCUGGAGAACUUUUCGAGAGCCAGGGUUCUGAUGGAGCCCGGAGUGUGUCUUCACUGAAGCCCGCCCCCUUCACUUUCACCUACUGUGAAGCUGAGAUCCAGGGGUCACCGACCUUUGCCUCAUUUCUUAACCCCUUUCCAACCCCAGGAGCAGCCCUUGUGCGCCAGCGGGACAUGCAGUAUGUCCAAAGGAUGAAGUCCAAAUGGAUGCUGAAGAUGGGGAUGAAGAACAACGCCACCAAGCAGAUGCACUUCAGGCCCCAGGUGCUGUUCUGA